AUGAACGAAAUUAUAGAUAAAAAAAAAAGUGACACUUAUAAUAAAAUAAAACUGAUUAUUAAAGAUGUAUAUGAAGGCAAUUUGAAGAAUGUUCUGGAAGAAAUGUCUCUAAAUGUGGACAAACCUAUAACGCAUAUGCUCAAUGUUAAUUCGGACGCCAAGGAGGACAUCUUAAAAAUCCAAUUCGGAGAUAUCAAUGAAAAAUUAACCAACUCCUUAGGGGAACAUAAGAAUGCUUGCGACAAAUUAAAAGCUAGGAUCAGUCUUCUAUCGUAUGUUAAUGUGCCGGACAAAUAUAACAUUAUCAAUGGGGAAGCAAAUAAAAAGUAUAACGAGUUAAUAAAAGAAAUUGAUGACAAAGAUAUCGAUACGAAAUUGCAGUAA